AUGGCCUCUAUCCUCACCCUUUUUAGAACCUGUACUCUUCAUGUAUCAAAUUAUCCACCACAUUACACUUGUGUUGAUUCAAAUUCAAAUUCCAAUCCGAACCAACUACAACUCCUUGCCAAGAAAUCUUUGGAGAGUCGAGCCUCGUCUCUGCUUCAAUCCUGUUCCUCCUUCUCUCGCUUAACCCAAAUCCAAGCCCACAUCAUCCGCAACUCACUCCAACAAAAUCACUUUCUUGCCUCUAGACUCCUUUCCUCAUGCUUCACACUUGGCUGCUAUUCCUAUGCUUCACGGAUCUUUGGCCAGCUCCUCAGUUCCGAUGCCUUCCUCUUCAAUGCGAUGAUCAAAGGCUUUGCUUCCGCUGGCUUCCACCGUGAGGUCUUGCAUUUCUACUGCAUGAUGCUCGAUUACAGCUACUCCUUCCCAUCCAAUUUCACCUUUCCCUUGGCCCUCAAGGCAUGCUCCAAGCUUGCCUCGAUCGUUGAAGGCAGAGCUCUCCAUGGCCAUGUUUUGAAGCUUGACCAUAGCUCGGACAUUUUCAUCCAGACAGCCCUUGUUGACCUCUAUGGAUCCUGUUGUGAGGCAGAAGAUGCCCGCAAGGUGUUCGACCGUAUGACUAAAAGGGAUGUUGUGGCAUGGAAUGCGAUGGUUUCUGCUUAUGUGAGGUCUGACUCUAUUCUACUCGCAGAGGAGAUGUUUGAGAAAAUGCCUGUUAGGAAUGUGAAUUCAUGGACAACGAUGAUUGGUGGGUUAUUGGACUUAGGGGACUCCAGGCGAGCCUUAACAACCUUUCGCCGUAUGCAACUCCAUGGUGUUAAGGCAGACAAAAUGGCUAUUGUUACCAUCUUAUCUGCAAUUGCUGAUCUUGGAUGCCUCAGUUCCGGCAAAUGGGUUCACAAAUACAUAGAGAGGAAUGUGAUCCAGAUUGAUGUGUUUGUUGGCACAGCACUCAUUGAUAUGUAUUCUAAAUCUGGUAGCAUUAAGGAUGCUAAGCUGGUGUUCCAUGCGAUGAGAUCAAAAAAUACAUCCUGUUACAAUGCCAUGAUCUUUGGGCUGGCAGUACAUGGCUUGGGAGAAGAAGCAAUACGUGUUUUUGAGGAGCUGAGAGGAAGUAAGAUGGAAAUAGAUGAUGUUACCAUGAUAGCUGUUCUCACCGCCUGCAGCCACUCAGGGCUUGUCGAAGAAGGCUUGAGAUACUUCAAAAUGAUGAAGCAAGAGUAUGAUAUUUACCCCAAGAUUAAGCACUAUGGAUGUCUUAUUGAUCUCCUUGGAAGGGCUGGAAGGUUUAUGGAGGCCAAGAAGAUUGUGAAUUCUAUUCAGGUGGACUCAGUGGUGUUAGGAACGUUGGCUUCAGCUUGCAGGAUACAUGGGAAUAUAGAACUUGCUGAUGAACUUUCCACUAGAAUUUCUGAUUUGGAUCCAGAAUAUACUGGAUUGUUGGUCUGGAAAGCCAAUCUUCUUGCUGCUAAGAAUGAGUGGGAAGAGGCUGCAGUGUUUAGGAGAUGGAUGAAAGAAAAAGGAAUUGUGAAAGGGGCUGGCUGUAGUUGGAUUGAGUUCGGGGAUAAGGUCCACUGGUUUGUAGCUGGUGAUUACUCUCACCCUCGUUCAAGUGAGAUAUAUUCAAAACUUGAUGAAUUGCAUAAUGUGAUCAAACUUACUGAAAUGGAAGUCUGA